AUGCGGAACAUUGUUCCAUUCUGGGAGACAUGCAGAGGCAAUGUCUCCCAGAAUGAGACACUGCGACCGACAGGAGUGCACAAUACACUCUUGUCGGUCAAACUUCCGCGUUCAAGUUAUGAAUGCGGAACAUUGUUCCAUUCGAGGAGCCCUCGAAAAGAACCUCACAUCGACUCUCUCUUUCCGGCAUCUUUACCGCAUAGAAAACUGCUCGUUCGCAACUUUGUGUGCAAUCUAAGAGAUGAUUGCGGUAAAGAUGCCGGGAAGAUUGACGCUGCAGCAGAGAAUCACUACGGCUCUCUCUUUCCGGCAUCUUUACCGCAUAGAAAACUGCUCGUUCGCAACUUUGUGUGCAAUCUAAGAGAUGAUUGCGGUAAAGAUGCCGGGAAGAUUGAUGCUGCAGCCCCAGGCCGCACUCAGAUUUCAUCCCGCUACACAAUUGUUCAUCCAACAACUGUCAUAGAGGUGAAACAUAUCAUUUUUAAGACUGCGGCGCGCAAGCAAGUUUGA